GUGGAAAACUCGCGGGGAGUAUAGGGGGUGGUUAUCCAUCCCCAUAUAUAGUGAGUGCGCACGCUCGAAUCUGUUGCUUUGCUAAGGGCAUUUUAUUGAAUGAAAUAUCUGUGAGUGGCAGAGUGAAGUUUAAUCGUGUAUAUAAAAUUAUGUUGGAAAUAUAUGUCAAUCUUCUCGAGUUUAAUUGAAUUUAUUUGUUAUCAGGCGUGCGAGUGGUGAAGAAGAAGUGGCGAACUGAGUUACUCCUCUAAAUGUACCCAUUUUCCGUAGCACUGUGACCGAGAGAGUCUCGCAAAAGGACUAAUCAGUAGUGAAGAAAUAAAGUCGCCCCCACACAAGUGUGUGUGUGUCAGUGGAGAAAAUAUAAUCCUUGCGGACACCAUCCCCUCUAAAGAGAAAACGCAAACUUUCAUCCGCUUCAUUUUCCAUAUAAUUGGGUUACGAUAGACGUGAGCAGAUACCAGAGUGUAAAGCGCAACUUUUGUGAGGAAAAAUUUAAGAGCACAUUAGCACAAAUAUGAAAUUUUCUCUACCCUUACCUGGUGGUGGGACUGGUGUCACACUGUUUUCUAAACUUGUGAGGACAAAAGACUUAAAAGGACUCCAGGGCGACGAUCCGCGGAGCACAAAGCCCAAACUUACGAAAUGCUUGACAACGCUCGACUUGACAUCCCUUGGUGUAGGAUCGUGUUGCGGAACCGGCAUGUACUUGGUGGUUGGAAUGGUGGCAAGAAAUAUCGCUGGUCCCGGAGUGAUACUCAGUUUUUUCAUUGCAGCAAUAGCUAGUAUAUUUUCAGGUGCUUGCUACGCGGAAUUUGGCGUGAGAGUACCCCACACCUCUGGCUCAGCCUACAUGUACUCGUAUGUGACGGUGGGGGAGUUUGUUGCAUUCGUAAUAGGAUGGAAUAUGAUUUUAGAAUAUCUGAUAGGGACAAGUGCAUGUGCGUGCGCUCUAUCAGCAAGCUUCGAUUCUCUGGCGGGUGGUUCUAUCAGUCGUGGAAUUGCUGAAUCCGUGGGAACAAUAUUUGGUCGCCCGCCUGACUUUGUGGCGUUUGGGAUCACACUCUUCAUGACAUUCGUACUGGCCUUGGGUGCUAGCAAGUCCGUAAUAUUCAACAACACUCUCAAUGCCGUCAACAUUGCAUCAUGGGUAUUCAUUAUGACUGCUGGGCUUUUCUACGUGGACACAGAUACGUGGAGUGAACACCAAGGUUUCCUUCCUUUUGGCUGGAGUGGUGUCUUUACGGGUGCUGCUACAUGUUUCUACGCUUUCAUUGGCUUUGAUAUCAUUGCAACAACCGGAGAAGAAGCACAUUCACCACAAAAGAGCAUUCCAAAGGCUAUCGUUGGAUCACUUAUAAUUGUGUUGAUUGCUUACGUUUCAAGUAGCAUCAUCCUUACUCUGGUUGUACCCUUUGAUCAUGUUGACGGUGAAUCUGCUCUUGUGCAAAUGUGGACCUACGUUGGAGCUCCAAAGUGUCGCGCAGUUGUUGCCAUUGGUGCUACUGCAGGGCUUUCAGUGGCUAUGUUCGGCUCAAUGUUUCCCAUGCCAAGAGUGAUUUAUGCAAUGGCACAAGAUGGUCUCAUAUUCAAACAACUCUCACAUCUCUGGCAACGUACCAAUGCUCCUGGGAUUGCUACAAUUGGAAGUGGUUUGGCUGCUGGAGUAGUUGCCUUGACAGUACGUUUGGAAAUUCUUGUUGAGAUGAUGUCUAUUGGUACUCUGCUAGCUUAUACUCUUGUCUCAACAUGCGUACUUGUUUUGCGCUACCAACCACAUAGCAGCUCAUUAGUGGAUCUCCUUCCUGCCCAAUUGCGAACACCACAACCACCAGGAACACCUGAUCCAGCUCAUGCCUCGACUGUUCUUCAAGUUGACGGAGCUAAAUCAAGCAAGAGUAAACAACAAAAUGUCACGGUACGUCGUGUGACACGUGGAUCUCCGGAUUCUGAUGAUUCCUUCAUUGAUGAUAGUCCCGAGGGUGGUUUCUUGGGGCGGGAUGACCAAUUUCUGGUGUCUGAUAGAUCGGAGAAUAAAUUCUACGGAAGCGUGCAUGGUGCACCUACGGGACAACCUACGCCAUUUGACACCCUUGGGCUAGGGGUAAUAGGACGCAAGCUAGCAGAAUAUGGGUACCUAUGUCCCGGACUCUUUCCAUGGGUUAACCCAGGUCCAGCCACCACUGAAAGUGGUAUGUACGUGACGAAGCUCGUGGGAAUCAUGUACGCAUUCAUCUUUUUUCUCGACUUGUUCAUGGCAAUUGGAUGGAGUGGAGUAUUCGCUGGAUUAGUGAUAUUAUGUUUGGUGAUAGGAAUAAUUGUGAUACUAUUGAUUAUAUCCCGACAACCUCAAAAUAGAUAUGCUCUGGCAUUUCUCACUCCCGGACUUCCAUUUAUUCCUACCAUUGCCAUAACCGUGAACGUGUAUCUAAUAUUUAAGCUCAGCAUUCUAACAUUGGUCAGAUUCACCGUGUGGAUGACUUUAGGUUUAAUAAUGUACUUUUACUAUGGCAUAACACACAGUACACUAGAGAAUCCACAGGAGGAAUUUGAACUUGCUGUGGAUAAAACCUACAUUGCUCCACCGCAAAUCUGUGAGCAGACGGCUGUGUGGGAUAGGCAUGGAUAUGAGAAUAAGAUGGCUGAAGAUUCGUGGUCACAGAGCAAUAAUACAUACUGGCCGGAUCAAAAUAGUGCCUGGAGCACCAAUAGUAAAAAUACUGCCGUAAGCAACCGACAAGAAAGCAGUAAGAAAUCAUCUUCUGGGCCAGCAAGAAAACCACAACAGCAAUCCCGUGUUCCAGUUUCUCCGCAUCCGCCAGUACAAUCCUCCAACGAACAGAAAAAAGAUGGCUUUGGGCUCUUCAUCGAUGAGACGCAGUUCCCAUCUUGGGAUGACUAGGUUGAAAAUGAAUACAUCUAGUCUACAUCGACCAACAUUUUAAUGAAGAUGAUCAUCCCACGCAGAGUGUUUAUUUCAAAUCACACAUAUCAAGUAUUGUUAGUCAACAACAUAAUAACUAGAAUUUAAAUAAAAAAAAAUAUAUAAGUGAUGAAAAUAUAGAUUUGGUAUGGAGGGCGCGAACAAGUAUAUUCGCUGAUAUUAUUGAUGAGCAAAAGUGAAAAAAAAAGAUAUCUGUGGAUGCGGUAGUUAAAGAAUAUAAAAAAAAACAAAUACUUAGGUAGGAAUUAUACUUUUAAAUGUUUACUAUUAAGAGUCUUGGGAGAGUUAUCUUGAACGGGUGGGGGUGAAAAUAAAGUAUAUUUAAAA